UUCUCUCCUAGGCUCAGAGGUGACCACGUCUGGUCAGCCUUCGUCAUCCUCGCUCUUAUUCGCGACGCCCGAGCCCACCGUCGCCUGCUCCGAGUGCCUCACACCGGCGAACAGCGCGUACGCUUCAACGCAGCUAUGCACGAUCGGAACCUACGCAUCAUCGCGCUUGGCCAGCGCGAAAUACAGCACCACUGCAAAGGGUGCAUGCGCAUAUACGAGGAGAAAGAAGAGGGAACAGAAAGCUGCCAGCCCGUCGUCAGUGACGGGCUCACAAUCGGACACCCGUGCUGCAAAACCUUCCGGUGCACGAAGUCGCUCGAUAAAAUCCGGAAUCACUGGUGCCCAGGCUGCGCUAAGCUCUGCGCCGACCAAUGCGCCGUGGAGAAUUGCGUCAGGAAGAUAGUACCCACUGACAACACGAAGAUGACGUGCGAUGACGAGACGCACGUCGAGAUGGAGAGAAAGACUGUCCAGCGCGGACAGUCUAUGUUCGUACUAACUAGCCGCCUCACACGAAGCAGGAUAUCAGCUCCUGACUUCGACGCUGAAACCGACGACGACGCCCUUGUCUGGUAUGAGGUCGACGCGCUCAAUCGCGUCACUCAGCGCGUCGACAGCCAUCCGGUCAACGUAGGCGUCUCUGACGCUGACGCUGAUCGCCCUGAUCGUCAAAUAAAACCAGCCAGCGCGCCAGCCUUGUGCCCCAGCAAGACACCGAAACGACAGAGGAUCCUUCUUGCUCGUCGUCGUACCGCGUGUGAGGUUACACUCAUUCGCCCGUGUGGCAUUAUCCUACAGCGUGCUACGAUGUUCGGAGCUGAAGCAGUCUCGAACGUACUGAAAAUGACGAAGACAUCGUUCAGCGUACCUGGCGCACGAAAGCCCGAGAUGUUCAUCUACGACACGGCUUGCGAGGCCAAGCAGCAAGCCAUGAACCUCGACGACGACUGGUGGGAUGACGUCCAUAUGGUCGUUGAUCCGUGGCACCUUGUCACGAAACACAAGACCACUCACGAUUUUUGUCAGAAGUACUGUAAUCCGGCGAGCUAUCCCGAGCUCAUGCGCGAAGAUGGUAAAGGGUGGUGGUUUAAUACGUCAGUCGCCGAGCAGACGAACGUUUGGUUGGGCAGCUAUCACUCUAUCUUGAAGGAGAUGCUGCCCAUCAAAUACAAUUUCUUCCUGGACGAGAUGAUUCGUCUCAAGAACAUUGAUACUAUACAGACUUUGAAGGAUAGACGACUUAUGCCCAUGUAUUACCCAUCAGACACUGAAGCUCUAGAGUCUGUUCUUACAUAG